GUUUCCGCCAUUGAAAUUCUCCGCUCGGGCGAGACCGAGGGCUGUUAGCCGCGCUCUCCUUUCCUGUGUGCCAGGACCAAGCCUAGCAGAAUAUGGCUGAUGGCUGCCUGGCGCGGCCCUAGUGAUCCCGCGUUGCUUCCUCUUCCGAUAGCACCUAGAUGCUGGUCUUGAGGACGAGUAGCCCCUGAGGAGGCGAACUUUCUGACCGAGUGUACAACUACCCAGAGGGCCUAGGAGAAGUGCUGUAUAGAGAGCAGUUCGACUUCAACGCCGAGCCCCCCUGGGAGCCUAGCUGAUGAUAGGGGGUUCCAUCUCCUAACUCGUCCAUUUUGUUGCAUAUUCUAAGGACCCAGACAGACAUAGGCUUGGUGGCCCAUCACUUGUUUUUCCUGGUUUAUGACUUUCGGCUUUGUGGAAUACGGCUGAGAUGAAAGGAUUCAUUGACGAUGCAAACUACUCCGUUGGCCUGUUGGAUGAAGGAACAAACCUUGGAAAUGUUAUUGAUAACUAUGUUAAUGAACAUACCCUGACAGGAAAGAGUGCGUUUUUUGUGGGGGAUCUCGGGAAGAUUGUGAAGAAACACAGCCAGUGGCAGAAUGUGGUGGCUCAGAUCCGGCCGUUCUACGCGGUGAGGUGCAACUCCGCCCCGGCUGUGCUGGAGAUCCUGGCAGCUCUGGGGACAGGCUUCGCCUGCUCCAGCAAGAAUGAAAUGGCUUUAGUGCAAGAAUUGGGUGUAUCUCCAGAAAAUAUUAUUUACAUAAGUCCUUGCAAGCAAGUUUCCCAGAUAAAAUAUGCAGCAAAAAUUGGAGUGAAUAUCAUGACAUGUGACAAUGAAAUUGAAUUGAAGAAAAUUGCUCGUAAUCACUCAAAUGCCAAGGUCUUACUACAUCUUGCAACAGAAGAUGAUAGUGGAGGUGAGGAGGGUAGCAUGAAGUUUGGCUCCACGCUGAAGAACUGUAGGCAUCUCUUGGAGUGUGCUAAGGAAUUUGAUGUCCAAAUAAUUGGGGUUAAAUUCCACGUUUCCAGUGCUUGCAAAGAACCUCAAGUGUACGUACACGCUCUCUCCGAUGCUCGGUGUGUGUUCGACAUGGCUGGAGAAUUUGGCUUUACAAUGAGCAUGUUAGACAUUGGUGGAGGCUUCACGGGAACUGCCUUUCAACUGGAGGAAGUCAAUCAUGUUAUCCGCCCUCUGUUGGAUGUCUACUUCCCUGAAGGCUCUGGCAUCAAAAUCAUUUCAGAGCCUGGAAGCUACUUUGUGUCUUCUGCGUUCACACUUGCAGUUAAUAUCAUUGCAAAGAAAGUUGUUGAAAAUGAGAAAAUUCCCUCUGGAGUAGAAAAAAACAGGAGUGAUGAACCAGCCUUCGUAUAUUAUAUGAAUGAUGGUGUUUAUGGUUCUUUUGCAAGUAAACUGUCUGAGGACUUGAAUGCCAUCCCAGAGGUUCACAAGAAAUACAAGAAGGAUGAGCCUCUGUUUCCAAGCAGCCUGUGGGGUCCAUCCUGUGACGAGCUUGAUCGGAUUGUGGAGAACUGUCUUCUUCCAGAACUGAACGUGGGUGACUGGCUGAUCUUCACUGACAUGGGAGCAGACUCUUUCCAGGAGGCGUCCGUGUUCAAGGAUGUGCCGAGGCCAGCUGUGUAUUACAUGAUGUCAUUCAGCGACUGGUGUGAGAUGCAGGAUUCGGGCAUCACCUCGGACACCGUGAUGAAGAACUUCUUCUUCGUGCCUUCUUGCCUUCAGCUGAGCCAGGAAGAUGGCUUUCCCACCGAGGCUUAGGCAAGCUCCACGCCCUGCAGUCUGAGGUGCAGGACGCGCUUGUCUGGUCUACAUUCCAGGGUGGAAAACAAUCCGAAUAGUCUCUGUUCAUUCUCUCGGAGACAAAACUUAAGUUAAUAGCUGUGUGGGACCAGAUGAAGUCAACUUUCAUCUAGAAUUCAUUGGGGUAACGGGAGAUUUAGAUAAUGUGUCCAGAUUAAACUAACAGUUUGUCCUACCCUUUAAGCUUUGAAAAUAAAAUAUGCAACAAAAUGGAUGACUUAGUAGAGAUGGAAGCCCAUGACCUGGGUUCCCCAUUCAACCGUUUACAUACAAGUACACAGUUUUUAUACUGAGGAUUCGUGUCCAAAAGUCUUGUAAAAUUAGGUCUUCCACCCAGGUAGAGCAGUUGUCGGUGGGAGACCGGUGUGGCUUCAUUAGAUACGUUUAGUGUAUUUAGAGUGUGUAAAUUUGUGCUUUGAACUGUAGUUUAAUGUAAAAUUGCAUCAUAGUAUUUGUUGUAUUUGACCUAAUGUAACCCUUGUAUGAUUGCAAUAAAAUUUUGUGUAGAUUUUACUGUUUUUUCAGGCUAAAACUUUGGGAAAGGGGCUAGCUAGCAAAGGUAGUUUUGAAAUAGAUGUGUAUAUGAUCUGUUUUGAGGGUUAUUUUUCUUUAGAGCUCAUUUAAAUUUAGUUCGGCUCAGUACGUUUUUCAGUUAUUUAAUAAGUAAUUUAAAGUGUGUGGUAAAUCAUUGUGAAGUUCAGAUUCAUUAUGGAGAGUUGAUGUGCAGUAAGCAUGAUGUUUAACAACUUUAACACCAAAAAUGUUACUCCUGCAUAAACCAAUUGUAAUAAUUAGUAGGUGUUUCUGUAUAGGUAGAAUGCAUAGAGUACCUUAGUAAAUCUUUGAAUCACAAAUCUUUUGGCUGACAUGGAAGAUUUCUAUUGAAUACUUUGAGUAAACUUGGUGGGGAAGGAAAUAAAAUUGCAGAGAACUGCAGAGCACUAAAACUCAAAGAAGGGCUACAUCUGUAUCCAGAAAUCUGAUUUUCCUUUUUGCAUGGAAUAUUUAACGUUAGAGUGGGGAGGGGAGGAUGGGGUGACGUACACUUCAGUUUUCUUAAUUUCAGUGAUUUCAAAUUUAGGAUUUUUUAUUGUUAGUGAUUUGAACUAUUCCCUAAGUUUCUUGCUAUUUCCCAUUUGUUCAGCUGGAUGAUUUUAAUUCUUUCAUACAUACUAAAAUUUUCUGGUGGGUGGGGAAGGAGGUUGAUGUCCCUAACCCAGCAGUUGUCACCAGGAAUUUGCUUUGUUCACCCUAGUAUAUUAGUAAUCCUGAGUCUCAGAAUCAUAAUAGUAAUAAACAACCGGGUCAUUUUCUUCCCAACUUCCUCUAUGUUCAGAUGUGGAAUUUCUGUCUCACAAGAGGAAAUGUGACUUCACUUUGGUGCCAAUGGACAGAACAUUCUACCUGUGCUAUGUAGAGGAGGUUUGGAAUGCACUUCGGUAGCUGGUGUCCGCCUUGACCUCAAGGUAGAAGGAAAUUGGUCACAAAUCUCUGAUUUCAGUCUCAAACCAGUAGGUGCUUAAUAUUCCUUCACUUGAUUAAUGCCCACUUGAACUGCAUGGGUUCUGCUAAAAAAAAAAUUAGGGCCCCAACCCAUUGUCACCUAAUCGCCUUGAACUUUCUCAAGGUACAAUAUUGGUUUUCUCCAAAAUUCCAAACUACCAUGCAACUUCUUUUUAGAACAGUAACAAGGAGGAACUGUUCUGCCUUGCUCGCCUGUCUUGGUCCGGAAAUGCCAAAGCCUUUCCAGGAGGGCACAACCUCAAGGCCUGGGCUGAACCGAGCAGGCCAGGGCUCAGGCCUGGCGGUCGGGCUGCCUCUUUAGGAGAGCGGCCGCACGCGAACAGCUCUUGAGUUGCAGACGCCUCAUGUGAAUAAGGUAACUAAGAAAUGUCUGUAUUGUAUUUGAAGACUGUAUGCCAUAAAUCUCAAGUUUCAACCUUAUGUAUUCCAAUUUGGUAUGCUAACAAAGUAAUGUAAAAUCUUUUCUAUAUAAUACUGUAAUCUCAGUUCAAAAUUUAACUGAAAAUAUAAAACCCAAAUGAUUUCUAUAUAGUAAAUUGAACUGUAAAGGUAACUUGUGUGUGAUUCUGAAUACACAGAUAAAAUGUUUUUAUUCCUCA